GUUUGGUCAGAUCAUGUGAGAUGCACUGUUAUUUUACUAAGUGAUCAGAGUAAUAAAGUUCAGCUGCUUUUGACUGAAUUCUACAGCACUUUUCAUGAAUUUAAUUAUCUUUUCUUGUACCUGAACUGCUCUGUUGGUGUUUGGGGGUCAUCUUUGUUUUCUUUGACACUUUCAGGGAAGAAUUCCGCCGUCACAUAUAGCGGUUCAGGGGUUCAUAGUCAAGGGUUUGGUGCUCCAGCCGUUCGAAAGACACAAACGGACAGAGGACCCGGCUCCUCGUCCUCAACGUUACCGUCUGCUGUUAACCCGUCCUGUCGAACUGUUCAGUUCGGAAGUGAGACGGAGCAGCUGGAGUGGGCCAAACGCGAGAGCCAGAGAGAGGAGGCGGAGCGAAUCCGGAGGCUCCGCCUACAGGAACAACUGGACCUGGAACUGGCUCUGGCUCUCAGUCGAGCUGAAAUGCCCAGAACAUGAAGCUGCUACGUUUUGGAUUCAAUCCUUCAGCUUUCAGAUGAAGCUUUUGCCCCAAUCACACGCUCUUCCUGAAGAUCUCUCUCAGGUUUGCUGUAGCGAUCACUGAACCAAUGAAGUACAACAAAACCAAAGGCCAUAGUUACAGAUCCACUUGACACAUUUGCUCAUGAACUGCACAAAAUGCUAAACCACUGAAUUAUGCUUUAUAAAGAUUAUAUACAGCUUCACCAAAUACUGUAGGACCAGUCAGUCUUAAGUCAAUUAUUGAUGCACAGAAGUAUAUAAGAAAUAUCAACCUCUAUCUGCAGCCAGUGUCGGUUUUGAAAAGCAGAUUCGACCCCAAGUGCUUCAUAUUUAAGUGUCUUCAGGACUUUUGACUAUGAUCAAAUUAAUCCAAGUCUUAACCAGACGUUUGGUUUAAUAAGAGGGAUGAAUUACUAAACGCAUGACAUUUAGUCGCCAUCGGUCCACUAUAUGAUCAUAUAUGAUGUCUGUAUUUACAUAUAAACCUGCAUAAUCAAUGCAUUCCCAAAUCUCAUUUGCCCUCCAGAUACUGUUGAAUAUUAUGAGUUUUAUUAGAUGCAUGGAGAUCAAAUGAAGCAUAUUCUUUAUUCUUGAAGGAACCUGUUUUUAUUUGUGUUUGGCACUGUUGAGUGAGAUGAUGUGAGCUGUAUUUUUUGUGUUUAACCCUUUAAAGCUUGAUCAGAUACUCUAGAUGACACCGGAUCACACAAAC